CGGCCACACGUGGUUUGAGGCAGCACAGCGUACGCACGCAGACUCGGGUAGCGCUUCAGAAAUGGCGGCUGAUGGAGGCAGUUCUUCGCUGCAGCUACCCUGCGUUUUUUCACCCAAAUCACGACAGUACUUAGCGGUGUGUGCUCAGGACGGCAGACUUCGCAUUUGGAACACAGAUAGUAAAACACUUCAUCAAGAAUAUGUGCCUUCAGCUCAUUUGAGUGCCACUUGUGUGUGCAUAGCUUGGGGACCAUGCCGGACAGUCAAGGAGGGACCUCAGAGGAAGAAGAGGAAAUCGGAGGCAGUGCAGGUGGAGGAGAAGGCGGACCUGCUGGCGAUGGGCACAGCGGCCGGCACUGUGCUCAUCUACAGUACAGCAAAAGGAGCCCUGCACUGUACCUUGGAUGGAGGCCACAGUGGAGGAGUGAACUGUGUCCAGUGGCACCCUGAAGACAGCUUAUUAUACAGCGGCUCUGAUGACACCUACAUUGUGGAGUGGGACCUGCAGACAGGCAAGACACGGAGUAAGUGGAAGGCAGACCGUGCUGCAGUGACCAGUUUGUGUGUGAGCCCUGAUGGUAAACUGCUGCUUUCAGCUGGACAGACCAUCAAGAUGUGGGACUUGGACACCAAGGAGAUUUACAGGAAAUUCACAGGCCACUCCACGGCAGUGACGACCCUUCGCUUUGCCACCACGCGGCCUCCUGACAGCAACGGCCUCUAUUUCCUGUCAGGCGCUGCACACGAUCGACUGCUCAGUGUUUGGCAAGUACGAGAAGAUGGGAAGGACAAGAAUUCAGUGGUGUCCUUCACACUGACGGACGAGCCACGACACAUCGACCUCGUCGCAUCCAACAGCAAGGAAGAGGCGGUGAGGCUGGCAGUAGUGUGUAAAGAUGGGCAGCUGCAUCUCUUUGAGCACUUUUUAAAUGGGCCCUGUAAGAAGCCCUUGUCACCUUCGUGUACGGUGCAGAUGUCAGACACAAAGGAGUCCCCGAUGCCAAUCCCCCUGCUGGCAGCCGCGCUCGGAGCCGACACUCGGACCGUGCUGCUGGCCUAUGGCAACCACCUACAGCCAGUAAUGGAGAGAGCGGAGAUCAACACAGCAGAGAGGCAUGUGUGUUUGACCCGGGAUGUUCAGACUAGCUUGUCCCUUUCCAUCGAAACCACCGUUUCCAAGGUGAAAACUCCAGUAGUCAAAUCUAAGAGUAAAGUAUUGGUCCCAGGGCUUCCUGGUCACCAAGCCCCAGUUAAGGGAACCACAGAAAAGAGGAAAAAAGACGCGGACACCAAAGAGAUGUCAAUAGAAGAGCGACUUGGUGAAAUCGACCUGUCUACAGCCUCCAUUGAGAAAGGAGCUCCUAAAGGGACGGCCUCGUUACAGACGGAUAACUUUGCCGUCCUGCUGGUGCAGGGCCUGGAGAGCAGUGACGCCAGCAUCCUAAAUAAAGUUUUCCAGACUCGCAAAGAGAUGGUAAUAAAGAAGACAGUUGCUCGGUUACCUCUCCCUGCUGUCCUACCAUUGGUGGAAGAGCUCACAAAGAGGCUGCAGGGACAUCCUUUUACGGCCGUUCUGAUGGUACGAUGGCUCAAGGCUGUACUAAUGCACCACACAUCAUACCUAGCAUCGCUGCCAGACCUGGUUACCCAGCUGGGAGUCCUUUAUCACAUGAUUGAGAGCAGAGUGAAGAUCUUCCACAAGCUAACAAAGCUGCAUGGGAAGCUGUAUCUCUUAACAACACAGGUGGCGACAAAUGAUAGCAGCAACGCGGUUUCAGACGUUGACCACACAGCCAAGCUGGUGUAUGAAGAGGAAUCCUCUGAGGAUGAUGAGGCCUCUGGUGAUGAAGGUCUUCACGAUGACGACUCUGAUCACUGGGACGAGGACGAGGGGAUGGAGGAGACGAUGGAAGAGGACAAACGGGAGCAGUCGGAUGAUGACGACGACCCAGACAGUAGAACAGAAUCCAAAGCGAAUGGAGAUGAGGACAUGGAGCAUGAAAAUGAGAGCGAAGAAGAAUGAGAACAAAGAGGAAUGCCAAUCAUACACAAAAAGGACCCGAGAGAGUUAUAUAUAUACUUUGAUUUUAUUUUCAUGCUUUUGAUUUUAUUAUUAGACCAGAAAGAGGUUUUACAAACUCAAGGGACACGUUGAAGCGUGGCCAGAUGGGCCCUCUGCCUCGCCACAACUCUGUUCAGCCACAAGGUCGGUGAUGACAAGAUCACUGUCUUUUCCCAGUCUGAGCAACGUACUGCAAAACUUAUACUGAAGCAAGUUCUCCUUCUGCUACGUCUGUCUGCAUCCCAGCUCUGCUGCUGGAUGUGUUUGCGUUGACUUUGGUGAUGUUCAGUUUGCCUACACUGCACUCUGCAUUCCAAAUCUUAUGUCAUAAUGUAAUAAAUAGUAGCGGAGUAUAUUUUCUGUAUGUCCAGCUUAACGGUAGGCAAUACAGCACUCUGUGAUUGAUUUAUUCUAACUCGACUCUGUAGGCCAUCUGGAACACUGGUCGUUGCUCAGCGGAGCACACAGAUGCAAACAGAGCGUAGGAGUGGAGUUUGGAUGCAGUCCCUGCCCUCAGCUGUUUGUUGUACAGAAUACCAGAGGUGGGAUUGCCAGGCAAGACCAUACAUCAUGUUCCCCAUACAAUGUAAAUCUGUAUGUACAGUGAAGUGUUUGUAUGAGCUCUUCCCUCUACAGCUAUCCCCAGAAAUCCUUGGGAUUAAAUGAACUCCUGUAAAGUCUCCCGAAUGCGGUUUCUUUAUUUUCCACCCUUUUCUCCGUUCAGAUUCGUCGCAGCCCUCUUGUUUUAACUGUGUGUUUAGUUUUUGGGCAUGUCCUGGUGUCCACUGCCUUCAACCCAUUGUCACUUGGAAAACUGAGUAAAAGAAAUUGUGAACUUUUCUCAAACAGGUGAAUAAAUGGGUUUUCAAAAUGA